GAUUCAACGAACUUGAACUCGGAGAGGAAGCAAGCAGCCCACUUCCUAUCGUCAUGGCAACAGCAUGUGAAUGCAGAGAGAGAGAGAGAGAGAGAGAGAGAGUGGGAACAGCAUCCGAAGGCACGGCUCGUUCUCCAGAGCGAAUGACAGGUUCCCCAUUUUCAAGAAUAGUUUGAAGGAGCCAAUGGAAUAUUUCUCAUGAGAAAGUGCUGAACUGAAAUCCAAGAUGGAAAACACAACCCUGCUUUGUUCUGCCCAGGGCUGGUGCGGCCCAAACGUAUCCACCUUUUCAUCCGAGUGGGAUGAUAGCGUGAACUCGUUUCUGACGGCACCUGACGUGAUCAAACCCCCUCCGCAGUUCCAGGAUCCAGAGGACCCGAGCCAGGAAUCACCGGCAAACUCAAGACGGGAUAAAGACGGUGUGAGGAAAGAGCGUAGGAGUCGACCAACCAGUAACAUAGAGCUCCACAGACGCUCCUUGUCACUUUCCACUUCUGUCAAUCCCAACCCAGGUGUGGCGAGACGCCGAUGCGAAAGCUACGCGCUGUCAUAUCCCAGCAGCAGCUCGGAGGACAGCGACAGCAACUCCACAAGAAGAGGAGACCGACUUCCCGAUGCCGUACCUCGAUCUCGAUCCCGAAGCAUCGUCCUCAAGAAGCCCAAAAGAAAACCAGCUCCACCUGUACGAACCGUGUCCCUCCAAAGGCUCGCGGCGGAGCAUAAAACACAGGGACUUCACCUUAGAAAAGACUCCCAAAGCAUCAAGACACUCCCAGAUCUCAUUCCAACCUCGAAGCAAGACGUCGGCAAGUGCAAGAAACCAACGGAAGCGCCUUGCAAGAUGGCGUUGAAGACAUCAGUCUCCGGUCACAGGGCCUUAAAUGAGCUUCGCUCCAGCGAACCGUGCAAGUCCUCCGUGGCGACUCCAAUAAAUGAAUGUAUCUCGGAUAUAAACACAUCCCCGUCGUCAUCACACUCUUCCCAGCCCUCAAUCUCUUCGCCUUCAAAGCGCAACUCUCCAUCGAGCGGCUACGCGAGCCAAUGUGAAACACCAACUCAGUCGGUCCUGUCCUGUAGGAUGCGCCAUAAGCCUUCCAGUGUUAUUCCAGGCCAGAGAACCAAACACCGUAACGCGAGGCUUUCUCUUCAGCUUCCUGAAUUUCAACAACACACUCCCGAUCCAGAGCCUUCAGUUCAGCCCAAAGUGAAUCGGCGUUACUCGGACAGCACUGAAUCCACCAGACCCAAGCAAAGGAUGAGUAACAGCAUGAUGAUAAUGCCAGUCGUUACCCAGGAGGACUUGAAUAGUGUGCGUUUACGGGCAGUCAGUAGCACUGAUCUGGAGAACGCGCCGGAAACUACAUCUGGCAUUAUCGAGGAGGAGACUGGGAACAAUUUAAGCCCUACAAACAACCAAAAAGCCAAACCACCAGUGGCUCCGAAGCCACAGAGAAAUAAAUGGCCGCCCAAUUCUGUGGUUCAGCCACGUUUCGGAGCAACUUCUAAUGCAGAAACGCCAACGGUCAUCGCCAGUGAGAGAUCAGAAGACAUUUACGCAAUGGUUAACAAAGCAAAACCAACAGUGACUACUGUACCUUCACAAAGUACUGAACAAGCACAUCAUCUGUUUUUGGAAGGGUUGCCUCAACCCCCAUGCGCUUUUCAGCCACAGAAUCCAAACGUGGUCCCCUUCAACACCACCACCUAUUGUAACCAACUCCAUAAGAAGAGAAGAGCGCCACCCCCUCCUCUGGCAAGGACUCCAGCUGUGGACAAUUCGCUUUAUCACAACUCAGACGCUCUGAAGAGCCCAGGCGAAGCCCAGUCGCCAUCAAACCUCUGCAAGUCUCCAAAGUCCCCGACCUCUGCAAGUCAAUAUCAUGUUACUUUAUAUGGCGUCAUCCCAACGUACCCUUCGGUCACUGAGCAACAGCACUCAAGUGCACCAGAUCAUCCAACAUACGACGUAGAGAAGAGGGAGCGAAUGCCAGACCUUGGACCUUUACAAUUAGUAGGAGAGGAAGAUGAUGUAUUUCUUUACAAGUCCAAAUCUCAAACAACGGAGGAUCUAUUCACCAUAAUUCACAGGUCUAAAAGAAAGCUCCUGGGUCGUAAAGACUCCUUUGAAAAUAAACAAGGUGACCCUGGCGCUCAGACACUCGGCAGCGGAGCGUCCAAGAUCAGCUCUCAAAAUGACAACUUCAUGGCUUUUCUGAGGAGGACGAGAAGCGCCAAGGCUGGUUGCAGUGAACGAAUCUCAGCCACAGAGCUCCUCAGAAGCUCCAAGCCCUCUGUUACCAUUGCAGAAAACAUCACACAUUGCAAAAAUAGCUAUGUACAGUCACACGGCCCAUAAAGUAGACUUUU